CGGAAGCGGCGAAAUCAAAUAAUGUUUUGUUUGGACUUGCACCACAGUAAGCGGUUUCUAAAGUUUGGUUUUGACCUCUGCAUUAGUGAUUACGUUUUAGUCAGAGCAAUGACAAUGAUUGCUCUUUGCCUAUGACUGACAGUGUGUGCUUGUGUAAAACCAUUCCAUGUAACCGGGAUUCACUGACAUGAGCUACAAACAACUGAAGGUCACCAUGCGCCUCAGUCCAAACGAAGUAGAACGACUUGUCAAGGAGGAGACACAGAAACGAAGGAAAACCCGAAUACUUCAGGUUCGCGAGCAGUGUAAGGCGAAUGCAGCGAAGAUUCGUAAAGAUGUUCGACUGGAGAAGGAACGCCUCUUGGUGAAGAUGGCCCAUGACAUUGAGAAACAGCUGGAAGAGGAGAAGCGUGAGAAGGUCCGACAUCUUGAACAGGAGUACGAGAACACCCUGAAGAGCAUUGGCUCGGCUCACCGCACGGCCAGACAAAAGUCCGAGUCCAUCCAAUCAAAAUUGAGAAAACAAAAUGCAGAAAAACAGAUAGCAGCCAAUCGUGGCAAAGUGGCCAUGAAGAAAGAGAUGCUGGAAAAGGCCAAACAGAACUUCAAGGAAAACAGACACAUUAUAUCGAGACAAACUGCUCUGGAGGCUGAGCGAUUGCGGGCAGCUGGAGUUGCCUCACUUCCUCCACCUCCCCCAGAUCCAAUAGACGAUGUUCUACACAAACAAGCAAAACGGGUAGCACUGACAGACACCAAUGCCUUCACCACAACACAUUAUCAUAUCCCAGAAUGCAGUGUGGUGCGAGCGGGACCAGAGGAACAGACGGAUGGGAAAAGUGCAGGAGAAGAGGAGUCGGAGAGAAUGAAACAGAUGAUUUACGAGAAGAAACGAGCGUUGGGGGAGGCUUUUGUCCGUGCCAGGAUCCGGGGUCAAGAAGCACUGAAAAAAGAACAGCUGAAACACGACUACGAAGCGAUGUUGGAAGACUUGAGUUUCAUGCAGCGAGCUGACAGAAAGCGAAGACAAGACAUCGUGGCAGACUUGCCGAAACAAGUGUUCAUUCCACCAAACCUUCGCAUUGAAGAGAAGGUGGAGAAACAGAGAGAUAUGGAACAAGCAUUUGAAAACAUUUACCUCACUGGCAGGGAGUUAGCCGAUGGUAUAGAGAUGACCCUUGACCCCGAUCAACUGCCCGACACGCCCUGCUCUGUGAAUUCGUUCGAAUCGUCACAGUUAACAACAAAUGCAGAAUCAAAGUCCAGAAUACUCGACUCUAGUGGAAAUGCCACUCAAGAUGAAGGGGAGACAACUCAGAACAAAAAACAAGAAACGGUGCUGAAAAAUCUUCUGGACAAAAUUAAGAAGCAGAAAGCUGAACACACCAAGAAGAUAGCUGUAGAAAUGGAUUUACCAGACAAAAAACCACAACAGACUGAGUCUUCACGUCACACUUUCGAAGAAGCACUUGAGCAUCACGACCAGGUUGAUUCAGGGGAACAGCGAGUGACUCUGGAGCAGCGAGUAGGUGAAAGAGCUGUGGAGAACGACCAGCUCGCUGCCUCAACCAAACCUGCCGAAGUUCUCGGGCGUCAUUCAAAUUCAGGAGUGUCUCCCUUGUCUGAGUAUUCUAUGCCUGAUCGAAAUGAAACACUGAAUGAUCAAGAUUCUAACAGUUUGAAGAUUCCUGGAUCGAGGUGUCAGCCCGGUUCCGGUGAUCUUCAUCCGACAUCUAAUGGCUAUCUUCAUGCCAGGGAGCGUUCAUCACUCCACGUGGUCCAGCAGAACACAGAGACUAGGAAUCAGUCUCCGUCGCAGGAAACAGGAUAUUACAGUAUGAGGAGUUUGGCUCGGUCCCAGCCGCUGCCCACCUCCACCCGUCAUCUGUCCCCAUCGUCACACUUACGCGCCCUGCACAGUGCAGUACCUGCAGACAGAUCUCUACCUCCGCCAUCUCUAGCAGCAGAUAGAUAUCAGCCACCAAGUUCUGUAGCACCUGCUCCAGCUAGUCAGCAUUUGCCACAGACUUCUCUAGGAACUGUUCCUGCUGCAGACCAAUAUUUGCCACAGACUUCUCUAGAAACUGUUUCUGCCGCAGACCAAUAUUUGCCACAGACUUCUCUAGGAACUGUUUCUGCCGCAGACCGAUAUUUGCCACAGACUUCUCUAGCAUCUGUUCCUGCUAUGAACCGAUAUUUGCCACAGAAUUCUCUAGGAACUGUUCCUGCUAUGAACCGAUAUUUGCCAAAGAAUUCUCUAGCAUCUGUUUCUGCUAUGGAUCGAUAUUUGCCACAGAGUGCUCUAGCAGCUGCUAUGCGAAACCAAUAUUUGCCACCAAGUUCUCUAGCAAAUGUGUCUGCCACAGACCCGUAUUUGCCUCAGACAUCUCUAUCAACUAUGUCUGCGACAGAAAGAUAUUUGCCAUUCAGUGGAAAGACAUCCUUAGUUAGCAGUCUGAACAGGUUACCUCUGGGUUCUGAUGCACGCCGUAUUCAGAUGGAAAAGGUUCGGCAGUACCAGCAGAAAGUCCUCAACAAAAGUGGAUUGCAGACAAGUAGGUCUUCUGGCGUAGGUGACCAGCGAUAUAUAGAUGUCCAUGAAGCUGUUCAUGGCUCAGAGUCUCGACCUGAAGGGAGUGCGGUGGACCGUGUCUCAGGCUGCCGCCAUGGGGAGUUGAGUGCAUCAGAUCAUGGCAUGGGGUCUCGACCUACUGUGAGUGCAGUGGACCAUGUAUCAGACUACAGACAUGGGGAAUCGAGUGUAGCAGACCAUGGCAUGGGGUCUCGACAUACAGUGAGUGCAGUGGACCAUGUAUCAGACUACAGACAUGGGGAAUCGAGUGUAGCAGACCAUGGCAUGGGGUCUCGACCUACAGUGAGUGCAGUGGACCAUGUAUCAGACUACAGACAUGGGGAAUCGAGUGUAGCAGACCAUGGCAUGGGGUCUCGACCUACAGUGAGUGCAGUGGACCAUGUAUCAGACUACAGACAUGGGGAAUCGAGUGUAGCAGACCAUGGCAUGGGGUCUCGACCUACAGUGAGUGCAGUGGACCAUGUAUCAGACUACAGACAUGGGGAAUCGAGUGUAGCAGACCAUGGCAUGGGGUCUCGACCUACAGUGAGUGCAGUGGACCAUGUAUCAGACUACAGACAUGGGGAAUCGAGUGCAGCAGACCAUGGCAUGGAGUCUGGACCUGCAUUGAAUGUAGUUGACCAUGGUCUGGACUAUGGCAUCCGCAAGGAAAUGACUGCUGUCGAGCGAGUGAAGAGGGUCAGGGAAUACCAGCAGAGACUGAAUGACCAGUAUGAGGAGAAGUCAACACUGAUGCAGAGCGACAGACUGCGCAUCCAGAGACAGGCCGAGGACAUCUUGAAAGAGAGCAGGGAUCUGCUGAGACGAUAUCCCUUAGCAAAAGCCGGGACAGAGGAGAGCAGAGAUCUGUUGAGACGGUAUCCCUUGGCAACAGUGGGGACAGAAGAGAACGGAGACCUGCUGAGAAGGUAUUCACUAACAAUGGUUGGGACGGGAGAGAAUUCAUCGGACGAGUUUCUCUCACUGCCGCAAUCUCUCUCACCUAACAAGUUUACGAGUGCAGCAGGGGCAGAACUGAUGACAGAUGUCAACAAAAGUAGUCUCUCUCGGAGGUCUCACAUGUCGGAUGGGAAUGCAAAUACUUCAGAUGACUGGUAUCGUCCAAGGAGCGUUGAUUUGAAGGAUCUGCCCAUGACAGAUUCCCUGUCACAGCAGACCAGCUUACAGGGUGCUGGUGACGGACUGGCAGCAGUUUCUAGUGGAAUGGUGUAUAAUCCAGCCACAAUGAUGUGCAGUACGACAGGUAUUCCACACACUACAGUGAACUCUAGGCCUCCAAUAGACUCUACUGCACAUACUACAGUAACAGGAAUGAGCUAUGUGCCACCAGCUAGUGUUGGUACCCUGCCCUUCAGGACAGCAUCAACUAACGAUCGGUAGC